UUCAUAAAAUAAACUUUUUACUACGACCAUACGUCAAUAUGACUUCGAAGAGUGAAUCACAGGAAACAAGUGAAUUCCUCCGUCGUCGUCAGUUACGACUCCAGCAGGUUAGAGAACAGUCUAAAGAUAUCGCUAAGAAAAUAAGACAACGCGCGAAAGUUGAGAAACUACGUCAAGUGGUUGAACUUGACGAGAAGAAAGAAAGGGAUUACAAGCAGAAUCAAGAGAAAGUCGUUAAAAAACUAGAAGAGUUAUAUUCCAGAGGAUUGAGCAACGUAGGGAGCAGCCACCAGCUGGCUCGUGGGCAGAUACAAUCAGUGAAUCUUGCUGAAAAAGUUGACUUGUCCCAUCUACGAGGGAGAGAGGCUGCAGCAGAGGUAAAAAGGCAGAAGCAACAAAAAUUAGAUGAAUUGAAAAAGGUUUUGGACAGAAAGCUGCAAGCAAGGGAAGCUGCAAAUGAAUUGAGCCGUGAAAAGUCAACCAGUGCAGCAAACAAACUGUCCAAACUAUCCAGUAAAGUAAAUAUUGUUAAUGAAGAAACCAAAACUACCCCUGAAAAUGUUAAUGGAGAUGUAAACAUAAAUAACAAGGAGUUACCCAAAGAAGUGUCAAGGACAGACAUGGGCACCCAGUGGGAUAUUGAUUUACUUACUACCGAAUGGGAGCCCAGUGUCCCCGCACUAGCUCUCCCACAAGAGGAUGACAUGCAAGAGUCUGCUGUUGGCAAAGACAAUGCCGCGGACAAACAAAAGAAAAGUGAUUUGUUUGCGAUUAGCGAUGAGAUGCCGUUAAGCCUGCGUGGAGGAACUGCUAAACCUUGUCAUACUGGACAUUCAAAGCUUUCUUCAACAUUAGUUUCAGAAUACAUUCAAAAUCGGGUGCUUCGACUCAGAGAAUCUGAAAAUAACACGAGCAAGCAACAAUCAGAUGAUCUAAAGAAUUUAAGGCAGACCAUAACUCGAAGCAGACCUCUAAGGCCUGAAGGUAGUGCUAUUAGCAACAUUUGCCACGUAGUUGAAGGCCAAGCUUUUCCGGUGCCCGCGUGGCAACCCGAAACCCCCUUAAGUCCCCGAAAGUCCCUUAGAAUUACACACAACAAUCAAGCAUUAGAAAGAAAGCAUUUUCCAGUUAAUGUAUAUCAUUCAAAUAAGAUUUUUGGUUCGAUUGCUCCUGUGAAACAGAACUCGGUACCUAGUCCUGUUUCGAGAAAGGCAAGACCCUUGAUACCGCAUAGGUGUUGCGAAUAUAAUGAACUAGCAGGUCGUGCCAAUGGAUUGCUGAGGAGUAAAGAGGCCGACAAACUGUUAAGCAAGAAAAAAUCUGUUACGACAUAUAAUCACUCUACAAGAGACAGUCGGGAUGUUCCGCGCGCCGACGAGCGCAUAGUAUAUCGGGACCGCAGCCUCGAGCAGGACGCCUACUCGCUAGCGCUCAGCGAGUCCAUGUCUGCGUGUAACCACGACAGACAGAAGAAGAGUCAAGAUUCGGCUAAUAAAAUUGCUGUCACGAGACAAAACGUUGAUAAGGAAUAUAAGGAUACAAUAGCAUUUUUAAAUAGCCUCCCCAAAAAUAAAAAAACUAGACCAAUCUACAAUGCUUUCAAAGAUGAUCAACGUCUUCAAGAACAGAGAGAUAGUCGUCAAAGAAUAUUGCAACAAGAAUUUCGAAAUAUAGCAAAAGAUAGCAGGAGGCAAGAUUCUCAGGGGUGCAGAUCAAAAUCCAGAUUAGUCAGUGGGAGUCCGUCCCAGCGAUCCAAAUCACCGGCAGAUUCGAAGGUUGAUAAUAAUUGGAAUGAAAGAGAUUUCCGAUACUCGUGGAUGCCUGUUCCGGAGAGCGACAGCAAGCUGGCCGUGCACACGAUCCCCGCCGAGGGGCGGGCGGGCCGCGCGUCCCACCCGCACUCGGUCAAGUUCGGCGUGGACAGCUACCACGAGUACCGGUCGCGCCACAAGCACACCCCGCCCACCAAGGACACCGCCGGCUUCCCCGGUCACGCCGACAGGAACGCCGUGCGAACUGUCAUAUUCCAGAACGACGACGACACCUUGUCCGAUGAGUCGGUCGCCUCCGACACUAGCUCCACCGACGGCCGAGAAUCCGAUCCCAAACAAAACGUGAACAUUGACGACAGCCUAAAAAGAAGAGAGCUCACAGAUACGGAGAGAAUCAUUAUUUACAAAGUAUUAAACUACAAACACAGAAAAAAGAAUAAAUCCACUAAAGUAAAUAAUACUGAUGAUGUUGCUAAAGAUAAUGGAGGGUCGAAAGGCACUCGAGAUGAAAAUAUAACAGAACCAUUUAGUGCAGAAGAAGCAGUAUGCCAAGUCGUCGAACGCGAUGAUGAGCAUGUUAGAGAAGAUAAAAACCUACUCGGCGCUGACCACAUUACUGAAGGAGUCUAUGAAGUGGCUGGCAAAAAUAAGUUAUCUUGCAACAUAUUGGACUGUUAUCGUACAAAUGUGGAACCAUGGAAAUCAGUAUCCCAUCGUAAUAAUUGGUGGGACAACCUAGAGUCAAUGUACUACUCGGGGCUGGAUAAGAAUCAAUCCAGCAGUAGUGACAACAAAUGCGACAAACGUAAAAAAGUUCCAUGUUCCCGCAGAACUGACGCAGGGGACAGUCUUCACCAUUCGAGAAAAAAGUGCUCCUCCGCUAAAUGCAAAGGGCAUAGUCCGAAGAGUCAGCCGACGGUAGAAUCGUCGCAGAGCGGCCCUGCGGCGCCCGCUGCCGGCACUGCAGCCGCCGCCACCGCCUCGGCGCAGGACGCGGGCUUUGUCAAGCUCAUAGAUGAUGAACAAAAGCAACAAGGUAAUUUUUAUAUCGGAGCCACAGGGUUUCUCAAAAACGAUGCUUACGAAGUUAUCAUACAACUCAGGAAAAACGACACGAUCAGAGAGAGAUCGAAAGAAGUGGCGAAAACGCAAGAUGUGCCGAUUGAGCUUGUAACAGCAGAUACUAGGACUGAAAACACCACUAUUACUAAAUUAGAAGUAUCCUCAUCCUAUGGAGCUCCAUCGUUGGAACAUAAAGACGAUGUUCAGCAAAAAGUAUUGAGUAAUGAUAAUAAUUAUUUGGCAGCAACCGCUCCACCUCCACCUGUCACGGAACAGGAUUCCGGAGUGAAUGGGACAGAAGACAACGGAAAACAGUCUGUGAGUGAAACUAUUAGUGAUGAUGUACAAUCCAUAAAGACGACGCAGGAUAAAAGCGUUUCCACGUCUUUCAACGCACCGAUCCCCGAAUCUUUUGCAAAAAGUGAGCCGGUUGCCAGACCAGCGAUGUCUACCUGCACCCAAACUACGCCUAGCCCGUCAAACCCGAGGCCGGUUUAUAUUCACAUGAGCUCGUCGACAUCUACUGCUUACAUGAGUCCUCCGGAAGUGGUGCUACCUCAUUUCUUUAAGCGAGGCGUCAAGCCGUCUAGAAAAACGCACCGGGCUGCCGGAAACAUUGAAAAACAAGAAAAAAGAAAUGUUAUGCGUCAUGAACAUCAUUGCAAAAGCUAUUCUAGCUGUAAAAUAUUCGAAAAACUGUUAACUAAACCGAAAAUUGAUCGAUUAAAUUUUUGUGCCGAUAUGUACAGUAAUAAAAAUGAAUAUUCACCGUUUAGUUACGUGGGGAAUAAAUGUUCUGAGCGCAAUACGAGAGGCGCUUCUGAGUUGUGCUGCAAACACCACACUCGUAAAAUAAAACAUCACCGAAACGCCGCUAAAAAAACUAUGUCUACGUGUAACACUAAAAACGCUGUCAUGUAUAGUAAAAGAAAUAGAACAAGCACAUAUGCGAGCAAAUUAUCUAGGAAAUCUUGUAUUAGCCCUAUGAUUAAACAGUAUAUUCAGAAACUUCUUUCUUUGAAUCGGGAGGGUAUUAAAGCCAUUCAAAUAAUGAAUCAGGAUUGCAGCUCCGUGAAUACUCCAGCUAGUUCAAUCAUUAAUGUACCUACCAAUUUUAGUAAUGAUAAUUGCCAACGACGUCACUUGGUUAUGGGCAAUCGUGAUUGGGAAGAAUUUGGGAGGGUUCUGACCCAGCGAGUUCUUCAUAAUAAUGCUACACAUGCUAUGUUUAAUAGGUCAGACAACACCACCAAAGAUAGAAACAGAAAAGCACAUAAUAUAAAACCACGAAGAAAUAUGAAAAAUAAAAGAGUGCACAAAAUUAAGUCUUUGAAUAUAUCGAAAAAUAUUAUCGUAAAGACGAGCGAGGCAUCUACGAAGAUUAAAGUAGACAAGUGUGCAAGAAAACUUUUGUCUAAUGUUGCUACGAGCGGACAGGAUUCUCUUCCUCCGGCGGAUCAUAUUAAAAACAACUGGAAAUCAAGUGAGAAAAAUAAUAUUAUAAAAACUCGCACAACUAGUACUGAGGUAAAUAAACAUCAAAUGAAUCAAUAUGGCGGAAAUGUUUUUUGUUCAGAACAACCGAAAGCAGCAUCAUCUAAUAGCAAUAGUAAUGUUGAAAUCCCUUCAAAGCCCCUCAAUAUUUCAACGCAAACGAGUUGUACAGUUGACGGUGAAAUUAAUUUUAUAAAGUUAGCAGAAGGUAAACUUCAAAAUAUGGAAAAGAUAGCAGAUCUUACGGAAAAGUGCACUAAACGAUUAUCAAACUUAGCCAAGGUAUUGGAAGAGGUUAGAAAAAAUAAAUCAUUAGCCUACAGCCAAGUUUCAACAGCAGAUUCGACAUCGGAUUCAGAUCAAAAGUCAGACAAAAUGGUUUCUGCUGAAAAUGUUGAUUUAAAAAUUCCUUUAAAUAUUAGAGAUGACAUUGCGAAGAAUAAUAAUAAUCAAUAUAAUAUUGUUUCCACUGAUUAUGAAUCUUUAAUAUCAGGUGUACCAAACACUGGUCGUAAUGAAUUCCCACAAGACAAAAAUUCCGAUUUAUAUGAAACCAGUAAUUCUGAGUGCAUCAGCCAAUCGGCUUCAUCAAUUUCUACGAAUGGAGAUUGUCGUGAAACUAACAAUACGAAAUGUCGGAACAGGCCCCCACCCGCGUUGCUGCGGAUGAACUUAAAACGCCCUCAGGAUCACGUUGUGCCGCAUGAACUCUCAACUGUCAUGGAAGUUGAUUCUCCUUUGAGCGUGAAAUUCAAACAACAAUCACCAAUCAACACAAACCAAUCUACUAGCAGUGUUGCUGAUCCAAACAAGGACGAAGAAUGUACAGUGGAACGCCAGUUACACCCAGAGUUGGUUCUAAACAUUGUUAACAAAUCGAGUAAUGAAAAAAGCAAAGUGAACAGUGACUCGCCUGAAGACUCCAAGUUGCAGAUGAUGGAUCUUAAUCAGUUUAAUGAAAUCAUGUUAAAGCCAUUUGUUAGUCUUCAAGAAUAUGCUCGGGAUCAUUAUGAGAUUAGUACGCAUACGAAGCGUGAAAAUGUAUCUAAUGACCUCGGUAUAACAGACGACAUUAGCUCUCUUCAUUCAGACGGCAGUUUGCCAGACGUAGUGGCCGAAUUGCUUAAAAGAAAACUCAUCACUGAACCUUUUAGAUUUGAAACUGCGUCUAAUAUGAAUUCUACAACGUUAUCUUCCGAAUCUACACUAUCUGUCUUGGCUUUGUCAAAAGUCCGGAAAGAUAAGAGUAAAUCUAGAUUUGCCGCAAAUAAAGAAAACUUGGGUGAGACAUCAGACUCGUUAAGCAUUUCGUCGAAUCCUGAUUUAGAAAACGCUUUUAAAAAGCUUGGAAUGGGUUGGGCUUCGUCAACUUUGAAAAGGACUAAAGAGCGAUUAGCUUUAUCUUCCUCUUCAAACACGUCCAGUGCUAGUUUUUCCCAGGUCAAGUUCAAAAACUCAGCAAAACAAGAUGAACAAGGCACAGAUGCAAUUUGGUCCGUAUCUAAUAUUUCAAAAAAGUCUGCCUUGAAGCGUCGGUUAGAUACAUCAAAACAUGCAGAACAACAGACUUCAUUUACCAAUAACAUGACAGUUAAAGAAUUUUUAACUAAAGAACUGGCUAAAAAAAUAACUUUCACAGACAAGUCUAAUAGGAACGAUACUAAUCAGGAGUUCGUGUCUUUGUUCGAAACAAAAUUGCCAGAAAACUUUAAAAAUUCAUCAAAAACUAUGUUGGAUGAUAAUUCUGGAGAAAGUGUACCGAGUGGCAAUAACAGAGCGCGAACUUCCACGCCCGUCAAGCUUUUUAAAUCUGUGACGUAUCAUUCUAGCUCCAGUUCCAAUAUGUCUAACGGGCUGUUUAGUAACGCCGACGAAUUGUCCUCUGUCAAACUCACCUCGGCGUCGGCGCGACACCAGUCCGUGUCUGACAAGGAUGAACUAACUAUUCCUAAUUGCAGUCUAAAAAUGCGUAAAACUAUAUCCGAUUGUAGCAAAACAGAUUCCUGCUAAAUCAUUUAGUUUACACCCGUGGCAAUGUUAUACAGUUUUUUACAGAAAUAUUUUUAAAGAAUGGUUGAAUUUUCUAUACAUAUUGCGAUCUACGUGCCUAUUAUAUUUGCAUUUAAUAUUAAAAAAUAAAAGUAUUAAGAACAAA